AAAGUGCAAUAAUUAAAAACAAAAAAAAAAAGAGCGUAUUUAAACAAAAUGUGAGACGUGAUGAUCAAGCAAAGAAAAAUGCAAAAACGUGGCAAAAACCCAAAAAGCCUCCGCAGCUGCUGAGAUCCUGCAGCAGUAGCAGUUGCAGCAGCCGCAGCCACAGCAGGACUGCAGCUUAAUAAAAACCAAUUACAAAUCAAAAGGCGAACUUGCAACACGCGUUGCAACGCGGCUCAAUCGAGCAGAAAGUGUGUGUUACAAAACUGAAAAAAGGGAAAGAAAAAAUCAUUCACAACGGCGACCAUCACGAACUCCGCCCUUGCAAUGAGCCAACUGGGCACCGUCUACGCCACCAAGCGAAGGCGACGCAACGGCAAAAGCCUGAAGCCGCCGCCCAAGGAUGGCGUCACUAAGAGCAAUCCAUCAAAACGGCAUCGGGAGCGCCUCAAUGCCGAACUGGAUCUGCUUGCCUCGCUGCUGCCCUUCGAGCAGAAUAUACUUAGCAAACUGGAUCGACUGAGCAUACUAAGGCUGUCCGUUAGUUAUUUAAGAACCAAAAGUUAUUUUCAAGUUGUUAUGCAUAAGGAUAAGGAGGAGAACGGUGUCCUGCCGCACAUACACGCACAUGAUGGCUACAGGACGCGCGAGUUGGGCGCCUUCGAACAUGGCCUGCUGGAUGGUGAUAUGUUCCUGCAGGCUCUAAAUGGAUUUCUAAUGAUACUGACAUGCGAAGGCGAAGUCUUCUUCGCCACGCACAGCAUCGAGAGCUAUUUGGGUUUUCAUCAGUCGGACAUUGUGCAUCAGUCGGUUUACGAGUUGGUCCACUCGGAGGAUCGCGAGGAGCUGCAGCGCCAGCUGCUGUGGAACAGCUUUUUGCCCGCGGACAUGUCCAGCAUGCAGCUGUCGGAGACCCUGGCGCCCGAUAAGGCGCUCUAUUUGGACCGCAGCUUUACGGUGCGCUUCCGCUGCCUGCUGGACAACACAUCCGGCUUCCUGCGAUUGGACAUACGCGGCCGCAUUAAGAUUCUGCACGGCCAGAAUCGCAAGACGGAGGAACCGCCUCUGGCGCUGUUCGCCUACUGCACGCCAUUUGGACCGCCCAGCUUGCUGGAGAUACCGCACAAGGAGAACAUGUUCAAGUCCAAGCACAAACUGGACUUUUCUCUCGUCUCCAUGGAUCAGCGGGGAAAACACAUACUGGGCUAUGCGGAUGCCGAGCUGGUCAACAUGGGUGGCUACGAUCUCGUCCACUACGAUGACUUGGCCUACGUGGCGAGCGCCCACCAGGAGCUGUUAAAGACCGGCGCCUCGGGCAUGAUCGCCUAUCGCUAUCAGAAGAAGGACGGCGAGUGGCAGUGGCUGCAGACCAGCUCCCGACUUGUUUAUAAGAACUCUAAGCCGGACUUUGUCAUCUGCACGCAUCGUCAGCUAAUGGAUGAGGAGGGUCAUGAUUUGCUCGGCAAGCGCACAAUGGACUUUAAGGUCAGCUAUCUGGACACUGGCCUGGCCUCCACAUAUUUCUCUGAAGCAGAUCAGCUGGUCGUGCCGCCGACCAGCGCCAGUGUCUCGCCCACAGCGCACGCGCUGCCGCCGCCGGUAACGCCCACGAGACCCAAUCGCCGCUACAAAACGCAGUUACGCGACUUUUUGUCCACGUGCCGCAGCAAGCGCAAGCUGCAGCAGCAGCAGCAGCAACAACAGCUGCAGGCACAGCAAUCCUCGCCGCUGGCUCAGGUCGGUUCGCCGGCGCCGGCGGUCGUCGAAUACCUGCCCGAUCCGGCGGCUGCUGUGGCCGCCGCCUACUCCAAUCUGAAUCCCAUGUACACAACAUCGCCGUAUGCCACCGCUGCGGACAAUCUGUACAUGGGCAGCUCCAUGCCGGCCAAUGCUUUCUAUCCGGUCAGCGAGAAUCUCUUCCAUCAGUACCGGCUGCAGGGCGCAGUUGGCGUCGGCGGCUACUAUACGGAUUACCCGCACACGGGUGGACCCGCCUCGGCGUAUGUGGCCAAUGGAUUUCUCUCGUAUGAUGGCUAUGCCAUUGCCUCCAAGGCGCAAGACGAGAAGUGGCAAGAGACGGGCAAAUACUACAGCGGCUACAGCAGCGGCUACGGCAGUCCUACGUCCACGCCACAGCAGAUACCCCUUAAGACGCCAAAAUCCUCGCCGCAGGUAAUGGAAGUCAUCUCUUGCUCCUCGGAUGGCCCCUCGCCUGUUGCCGUUGCCGGUGCCGGAGCCGGUGCCACGCCCAAUGGCAGCAACGUUACGUCCAAAGUGGAACUGGCUGCGGCAACGGCAGCCGCCGGCCAGGAUCCCUAUGAGCGUCAGACGGUGCUCAUGUGGGGCACAACACAGUCGAGCGGUGUGCCGCUUAACAGUCGCAUUACAGCCCGCGCUGGCGGCUCACCCCAACGCACCACACCCCUCGCCAACGGGCUGAGCUAUGCGCACAACAACAACAAUGAGCACGAGCCCGCCGCGGCAGCCAAGUGGAAUGGUAACAAGGAGUUGACAGGAAAGUCAACCAGCGCCGGCACCCCCGAGAGCUAUCAGCUGCAGCAUGACGACUCCGGCCUCUACUCGGCCUCUUCGCACACCACUUCGCCCCAGCAACAACAGCAGCAACAACAGCCACAUUCUUCUCGUGGCCUCGGCUCCAAUGUUAGCAGCUCCAGCAAUUCCAUAACGCACCCAGUCAGCGGCACUGAGCACCCAACGUUGCAGCCCAGCCAUGCUCAUCCGCAUGCGCAGCAGCAGCAGCCACACCCACAGCCGCCCAGCUGCGCUGGGAGCCUUCAGCAACCACAGCAGCAGCAGCAACAGCAACAACAACAGCAGCCACACAGCCUUCACGCUCAUCCUCACACGCAGCAGCAACAGCAGCAUCAGCAGCAGCACCAUCACCAGCAUCAGCCACAACCACAUCCCCAUCCACAUCAUCAGCACCACCAUGAGGCCAAUGCAGCCGCUGCUGCGCAUCAUUUGCAUCCGCAUCCGCAGGCGUCGGCCGGCACCGCCAAUGGCAGCGAGAUCCUAAUCAACGCCCAACUGCAGCAGCAGCAACAACAUCUGCAGCAACAACAACAACAGCUCGUUGGCUACACGCUGCACCACCAUCCGCUGGACUCGCCGCCCCAUUGCCGCACACCGCCCACGCUGCCCGCUGUGAGCAGCCUGCUGAGUGGUGCUACUUCAGCCGAUUCCUCGCCCUAUCAGCAGCUGGCAAUUGUCUCCUCAGCAGCGGCAACAGCAUCAGUGCCGCCGCCCCCGCCGCCGCCGCUCAUCAUUGGCGCGGAUGAAUCGCUGCAGGCGCUCAACAGCAGCAGCAACGGCAGCAGCGAGGCGCACAUCAGCUCCACCUCGAGCAGCGCGGCACGUGGCGCACGCAAAUCAGCCAAGCUGCAACAGCAGCAACAUCAGCAGCAACAGCAACAGCAGCAACAGCAGCAACAGCAACAACAGCAACAGCCAAAUUACCAGCAACAUCACGCACAGCAUCUGCUCUAUCCGGCCAACAUAACGGCGCACACGGCUCUCGCCUAUGCCCCGCCGCCGUCUGGCGCCUAUAUCGAUGGCAGUCCGCUGCUCUCCUUCUCGGAGGUGACCAACACGCUGCUGAACCAGUAGACAACAGUAGAUCACAUACACACUCAGACACAGACACAGACACACACACUCACACACACACACACAGUCACAUACACACACAGAAACCAUGUUCAACAGUUUUGCCAAAAUGUGGACUAUGACUAUCGUAUCUUCCAUAAUCUCAACACAAACACCCACAAACACAAACAUUAAGAGCACACCAGAAGAACAGAAAUGCAUCAGAGCAGUUCAUAGGUAUAAAUUUAAUAGCUUCAAUGAAAGAGCCGUGCUUGAAUGUAUUCGAAAUGAAUAAGUUAACGUUACGAGCAGACACUCGUUGCUUCUUAAAAGCAACUCGCUACCUUUCGUUGCUUAGUUAGCUAAGGUAGCCACUCGUCACCAAAGCGAGGCAUUCUUGAAUCUGUAAGUUCAAGAAUGAGCUACUCGUUGAGACGUAAAUGAGACGAGCCAACCACUACUAUGAGUGGAAACUCAUUGCUUUUCGAACGCAACGAGAGAUCGUACGGAUACUCGUUGUUUUAUUAAUGUAGAGAGAGACUCCUUGUGCUCGCUGUUUUAUUGACGAAAAGGGUCACUUAUUCCAUUUCAAAUAAAAUGUAAUUAAUUGAUCAGCUAAAUGAGCUCCAUGAUUGGGAGAGAUUUAUAAUUUAGCAAGAGACUCGUCGCAAGAGUAACGAAUUAAAAAACAUCGAGGGGCGGCUGGUAAAACAGAUUUCAUGGUCCCUAAUAACCGAUAUUUAUCGAUCCCUAAGCUCAUACCAAACCCAUUCCAACUACAUAGAUGUCCCCAUGAACUACAUUUAUCUACCUCCACUUUAGUCUAACUUUCUACAUAAUCAUGCCUUGUCCCUUUGUAUACAGACCAUUAAAGCUUAAAGGUACAUUAUGGAACGAAUACAUUUAUAGCAAGGCUCUACGUCGAAAAAUAAUCUCAAUGUAAUAGUAUUAUUUAAAAAGCAAAUGUUUUAAACCAAUUCAGUGAGGCGUCUCUUAAGUUAAUCCUGAGCAACACAACAAUAUUUACGAAAAAUAUAUUUCUAUUUAUUUUACUGUGAUAAUUUAUAUAAACAUUUGUACAUGUAUUUAACACUAGGCAGGCAAUUUGAACCGUAUCCCUAAUUCCCAUUAUUUCCGUUAAUUGCAAAAUCGAACGAAAUUAUGGCAAAUACAUUUAACGCCUGCCCAAAGUACAUAAACUAAUAUUAUUCAGCUUCAGUUGUAGUUACAACCAAAGAUUCUUAUUUCUAAUAUAAAAAUACAAAUAUCGACUAAUUGUAGCAUGUGAACCGAACCUAAUUCUUGGUUUCGGAUAGUUGCGCCAAAUUUUUAGUUACAUUUUUGUCAGGCACUUGUAUGACGGCAUUGAAUAGAAGAAGAAAUGAAAAACCACAUAAAUAGAAUUGCAAUUAAUUGCUUAAGUAGUCGUAAGAUUAAACAUAAUUGAAUACAUACAUAUAUCGAAAUGCUUGUAUUAAUAAUAAUUAAUAAUUUAAAUUUAAAUUCAAAUAGAUGUUAAAACAAAACGAAUGCAAGUAAAUGUAAUUUUCAUGAUUCCUAUCGUUUAGCAUGUAAUCCGAGAGCGUGUUUGUAUAGUUAAAAGAUUUCUUGAAUUUCUAGUCGCCCGCAAAAAACAUUUACUAUACAUACGUACAUAAUAUAUAAAUAAAACAAUUAUUCAAAAUACUUAAAUUGUACAUUUCAAUUUGAUGGCCGUGAGUUAAGGCAGCAAUAAUAUUUGCUAAUCGAAAUUUUAUUCCAAAACUAAUAUUAUUAAAUGCAGUUGUAAAAUAAUUUUAACUCGCGCCCAAGUUGUCAAUGUAAUUUACGAGCCUAAUUCAAUAAAUAUUAAACAAUUUACUUAACAAAAACUAUUGGAAAUCCAAGUCAUAUACUCGUAAACAAUCAGAGCGAAAUAAAACUAGAAAAUAUUCAAUCGAAAA